UCUUACUUCUCAAGAAACUCUUACUUCUCAAGAAACCCUCUCCUCUAUAAAACCAUCAAAUUCUCAUAAUCAGAAUUUCUUUGAUCUUUCUCACUGAUAAAUCAACGGUGGAUAUGAGCUGCAACGGUUGCCGGGUGCUGCGAAAGGGGUGCAGUGAGGCUUGUUUACUGAGGUCUUGCUUGCACUGGAUCACUUCUCCCGAAGCUCAAGGUAACGCCACCUUAUUUCUCGCCAAAUUCUUCGGCCGCAGCGAUCUCAUGUCUCUAAUCUCCGCCGUACCGGAAUCUCAACGGCCUGCUUUGUUUCAAUCGCUGCUUUUUGAAGCGUGUGGAAGAACGGUGAAUCCGGUUAAUGGAGCGGUUGGAUUGUUAUGGAGCGGGAACUGGCAAGUCUGUCAGGCGGCGGUGGAGACAGUUCUCUCCGGCGGAACUCUACGGCCGUUAACAGGAAUCCUACCUGGAAUUUUAUCACAGAAUCACGACGAAUCAUCCGAUAGUUUCUCUGCUGAGGCAUGUACGUUACGCAAUUUGCUGUGGCCUCAGUCUAGGAUCAAUCAAGCAUCGGAUCUCAGUCUAUCACUCAAGCCAAAGCUAGGAGGUAGCAGAGUGAAGAGAGGCAGAGAUCAUGCCACGUCGUUUUAUAACGAAGAAUCGUCCGAGACGACGACGUUUGAGAGCAAUGGUGGUGAUGAUAAGAAGAAACUUUUGAAUCUGUUUGUUUAAACUUUAAAUUAAUAAUACAAGUAAAAGAAAAGAGGGAGAUAAAAGAGUAACGUCUUGUACUGUGACUGAACUUGCAUCUCUAUAUAAACGAGAAGCCGGAAUUUUAUGACCGGCGAGUUUUUGAAUAUGAAAUUUAUAAAUCAGUCUAAUUUUGACAAUAUGUU